AUGAGACAUCUUUCAAUGAGUUAAUCACAAAUUAUUAGAUCUAAAAUUUUAGCAUCAUCUCAUCCUGAAUCUUAAUUUCUUCAAUUAGAUAAUGAUAUUCUAGAAAUCUAUGAUGAAUUUGAGAAGAAUUACAAUACCAUAUAAGAAAUUGAUAAAACUAAUACUAAAAUCGAAACUAAAUAAAAAAUUACUGAGCAACCUAAAAUUAUAAAACAACAGAAAAAGUUACUAAAAACUUUUGAUGGAUUAUAACAAUCAGAUCUUGAAAUAGAAUUUAUUAAUAGAAUUUAAAUAAUCAGAUUUAGAUUUUAUUACUUUAGAAUAAGAAUUAAAGGAAGAUAAUGUAAUAAUUAAUAUAAAUAAUUAGCUCCAUUAUAGAUCUUACUAAACUUUCCUUCUAAAAUAACAAGUACUUAAUAUAAAUUAUUUGUUUCUACUUCUAUAGAAUUUCCAAAUAAAUUUAAUGCUGAUCAAACUGUUCAAAGUAGAUUUGUAAAAGUACAUUCAAAAUAAAACUCUAAAUUAUUUUUUGAUGAAUAUGUUUAUUUAACAUUCUAUAGUGAAUUUGAUGCUAUUAUUGGUAUGUAAAUAACUUUUGGAGAAUAAUAUACAGCAUCAAAUGGAUAAAAGUUAGUAUAAUCAAUGAUCAAUUUUGAUACUUUCCAAGAUAGAAGAACUAUUCAUCCAAAAGACAAAAUUCUAUAAAAUAUUGAAUUGGCUAAAACUAGAAUGUAUUCAAAAUUAGAUGAAAUGCUUAAAGCAAAACGUAAAAUAAUUAAGAUUAAAUUAGAUAGACAUACUAAAUCUUAAGAAACUAUUUAAAGAUCAAAGUUGAUCUAAAAGGAAGUUAGAUAAACGAGAUUAAUUAAAUUAUUAGUCAAAGAUCAAAUAGCAUAAUUUAGAGAAGUUGAAAAAAUUCACUAAAAAGAAUAACAACUUUAAAUAUUUAUUAAAAAAAACUGGAUUAUGAUAACAACCUUAUUUAAUUUUUGUAGAUAAAUUUAUAGAAAAUUAGAAGUACUUCUAUUUUAAUUCUAGAAAGUAAGACGCAAGAAUAAAAUUGCUGCUAGAGCUAAAUUAUUAGUAUGGCAAUUACACACCAAAGCUUUAAUUGAAGUUAGAAGAUAUGGAGAUAAUCCAUUUAUAAGAUCUUUAAGUAAAUCAUCUCUCGUAAUAUCUACCUUUACUUCCUAUAUCCAAGAAAAAUGUUUUAAUAGGGCUGAAAAAAUAUUAAGUUAAUUUUUAGUAGAUAUUAUUCUUUAUUAAACUUUCAUUAAUAAACAUAUUCAGUUGAUUUCUAAAAGUAAUCUAAAUAUCUAAUCAAUAUAUUAGUAAAAUGCAUCUAAAGAAAUUAUAGAAAACUUAGAUUAGUCAGAAAGAACUUUAAAGAUAAAUUUAUCAAGGCUUUUAAAGAAAAAAUUUAUGCAUUAUAUUAAGGAAGGGGAAGUGAUUAAAAACCAAGAAUAAAUAUUGAAUAGUAUUUUAUUUGUUAAAUUAGACAUAUCAUUACUAAAUUAUUUGAAGAAUACUCAUCAAAAAUUAAACAUAAAUGGAUAGAUUCUCGAAGAGCCAUUAAUGUUUUAUCAGUUUUAAAAAAAGUAAUAUCUUCAAUAAAUUAUAUAGAGUUUUUCAGUUUAAAGAUAAGAUAUCAAAUUAUACUAAUUACCUGAUGAAGCAGAGAUGCAAUUAAUAAUAUAAUAAUAUUACAAACUAAAAAAAUAAUUGAGCUGA